UUUCCUCACUAAAACGUCCUUUCCUUUCCGUAUCUCGCUUCUCCUUCCUGCGAUCGAUCCACGACGCCAUGGUGACCCUCGUCGUCGCCACCACCGCCGACCCGGCUUCCGUCGGCCCAGCCUCCGCCUUCCUUGCCAUGCCUGGAUGGAACCCCGGCCCGUCCAUCGCGGCCGGGAUGGACAGCUUCUCUAACGGGUCUGUGAGGCUUCUGAAGCACGAGAGCAGCAUCAUCGCGGAGGACGACCUGGAUCGGCGGUGGGAGGAGGCCACUGGAGAGACCGUCGACGAGGUCAUCUUCCUUAGUCGACACACUGCCGUGUCCAAUCGCCCCGCUCUCACCGUUCACCCUAUCGGUGUGCCUCACAUAUGCGAGGGCGAGCAUCUUCCGCAGGGAGGGCGCCCCGGUUGGGCGGGGCUGCCGAAUCCAAGGAUCGGCCCUUGGCUCCGGCUCAUGAAGAAGAUAGCUGAAGCUAAUGGUCUAAUCCCCGAAUUUGAGAUAACAUUGGAAGCAACUCAUCAUGGGCCGUUGGUUAGCACACCAACCAUGUUUUUGGAGAUUGGGAGCACAGAGGAGUACUGGGGGAGGCAAGAUGCUGCCCAGGCUAUUGCUUUAGUUCUUUGGGAAGGACUUGGGCUUCAAGGAGGUGCUUCUAUAGGAAACUGGGGCAGAAACAACAACGGAGACAAAGUCCUUUUGGGGAUAGGAGGUGGUCAUUAUGUGCCUCGCCAUAUGGAUAUUGUUUGGAAAUAUGGUGUUUGGGUAGGCCACUUGCUAUCCACAUAUUCUUUACCAAUGGAAGAUCCUAAGCAGAAAAAUGGAGAAAAUGGCAAAAACGAAAUCGGUGGAGCAUGGAAACAGUCAAUAAAAGUUUCAUAUGAGGCUACAAAGGCAGCUUUUCCUGGAGCAGAAAUCAUAGCACAUCUAGAUCAGAAGAGUUUCAAAGGCUGGCAGAAGAAUGCAAUCACAAGCUACUUGACAGAGCAGAAUAUAAAGAUAGGAAAACCACAAGAUUUCUCGACAAAAUAACUUCGCCGCCGUGUUGUUCAGUGCAACAUUUUUGCCAAUUUUGUGAUCAUUCAUAUACAUGGUUCAAGAUACCAUACAUGGCCCCACAAUACAAGUGGGAUGGUUGACCUUUUACUAUCAUAUACAUGAGAGUUUGUGAUUAAGUAUGAAAAGUAGGUAAGAUUAAGUUUUGACCAACAUUUAUUGUGGUUAGAAUAUUUUAUCCUAUUUUCUCAUACACAUGCAACUUUGACAUUUAGUAAUAACAUUUUAAAAGAGUCAUUUGUUUGUUA